GGGACAGAGAGCGCUACUGGCCAGGCAGUGGUCCAGUUCAGAUUUCGGUCCACUGGCCAUUUGGAUCACAAACAUGGCCACCUCUCCAGGGCUUCUUGUAGCCCUUAGGGCUUUCCUAUUAGGGGCUAGAGCUCAAAAUCAGCCAGAGAUCUGUACUUCCUGCCCCAGCUACUGGAGAUUUAUUUGGAUUGUCAUACCUUUUUUGCUAUUAGCGUUUUAUUACGUACAUUGUUUAUUCAAACGCUAUUUCGGAACAAAUAGCACAAGACGGCUGCGUAGAAGUCCUGAUGAGGCUGAUAUGCGGGAUAACGCUUCCUCCGUCCAUUGCCCUCGAGAGCCACGUGUCAAUCACAGAAGCCAUAACCUCUUCAAUGCGGAUGCUUCCUCGGAUACCAAUGCUCCAUCCAUUGCCCUCAAGAGGCACGUCUCAAUCAGUGUCACAGAUGCCAAAAAGUCCUCAAUGCAGAUGGUUCUUCAGAUAUCAGCAGGUCUCGGGCAAAUAAAUCCCGUGAUAACAAUUGCCCCAUCCAUUGCCCCCAAGAGGCACAUCUCAAUCGAUGUCACAGAUGUCCAAAAAGUCCUCAGUGCAGAUGGUUCUUCAGAUACCAGAAGGUCUCGGGCAAAUAGAUCCCAUGAUAACAAUUGCCCCAUCCAUUGCUCACAUGUCAAUCACAAAUGCCAUAACCUCUUCAGUGCAGAUGAUUCCUUAGAUACCAGCAAGUCUCGGGCAAAUACAUCCCACAAGAAGGAAGACUAGAGGACCUACAAGCAAACCACUACGUGAAAGAGAAAUAGAUGCCAGUCAACGUCAGAGACUUCAUUUCUGACAGUGAAAAUAAAAUUUCAUGAUUAUUGCCAUUCCUUGCAAGAUGAUUCUAUUAAUAUAUAGAAUGCAAUUAGAAAUAAUGAUUUUCCUUUAUGCCGACGUGAAAGACAUCUCUCAUCACAGCAAGCACAAUUCAGAUUAGCAACCCGUUCAC